AAGUGCUGCUGUUCUGUUUGACUAAAUAGCGGGCUCACCAACCCAGAAUAGGAACCCACUGUUCAGUGUCCCUUGCAGAUGUUUUUGUCAAAAUUUGCAUUGGCAUUAUUUUUGCUGGCCAUUUGUUAAGGCCCUUGAGUGGUAGAUGGUACACCUGAUCAGAAGGGGCACUCUCUGCACUGAGCUUGUUUUAUGUUAAAUUUUCCCUUAAGAAAAAGAGAGGUCUUUUAGUUACAAAGCUGGUUUAAAACAUUUAUCUCUGUUUUUAUAGACAGUAGUGGGAAUUCAUUUUCUUUCAUGCAACAGUAGUGGCAGUAAAAAAUUUAAAAAGAAAUAUUUCAAAAUAGGGAAGCUGUCAGGGAAGAGAGAAUUUGUCAUUGUAGUUACAUACCAUUUCCUUUCACCAUCUGGUCCUAAACUAUCUAGCCUCCUCUCCUAAUGCUCUCUUACCUCAUCCCCAUUCACCCCACUCCAGUGGUUCUCAAUCCUGUCUGCACAUCAGAACUAUAAGCAGAACUUAAAAAAAAAGAGAUCCAAGAACCCCACUCCAGAUAUGCAUUUGAAUCAGAAUCUCUGGGAGUCGAGUCCGGGCAUGUUUGGCUUUGCUGUUUUGUUUUGUUUUAAUCUCUACAGAUGAUUCAGAUGCAUAAUCAGAUUUGAAAAGACAACUACUCUGUUCCCAAGCCACUCAAAUUAAAGGCUGUUCCUUGGUUGGGCCACAUGGUCUCAUCCUUUACAUACACUAGUCCUUCUACUUAGAAGACUCUUCUCUUUAUAUGCUUAUUUAACUGCUGCUUGUUCAAGAUCUUUCAAGCUCAAAUAUAACCUUCCUUGAAUCCCCAUCCCUUCACCAAGCAGAAUUAAUUGCUUCUUUAGCAUUUUGUUCGUAUAGAAGCAGCCCUCUCAUAGAUGCAGUCUGGACCCAUAACCAAGCAAUAAAUUGAAAAAGUCAAUUAAACAUUGAAUUGUACACUUUAUAAGGAUGAACUUGAUGGUAUAUAAAUUAUCUCUAUGUAAAGCUCUUUUAAAAAGAAAUCAAAGUCAUGAAAAAGUAUAACAUAAAUACCUUAAACAUUUUGUUUUGACGUAUAACAAUUCUAUGCUCAUUUGGCAAUCUAUUGAGAAAGUCCAAGGCCUUUUCCUUGCAUGUGGUCUGCUGCCGAGAGUUCUGCGUUGCAUCUCUUGCAUAAACUCUACCUCGAGACCAUUAGCUAAGAUUUCCCAAGAUUUCGUUCCUUUAAGAGGAAGGUAACUUACAGGCACUUGCGAAGCUGAGUGCAGAUUUCUUCUUAAUAAUCUUUUAUAGUUAUCUCACACAUUCAAACAACUUACCUUUAUUGGGUCUUUCCAAAAUAUUAAACAGAUUUUAAAGAAACAACAAACUUUAUUUCCACACUAUUUCAUUGGUUUACAUAAUAUUGAAUUAAUUAUGAAAGCAGAAUAACAAGUACAACUGGCAAAAACAGGUUUCAGAAGAAACACAAGUAACUCAUUGUCAGAUUGUACAAUUCAACUGAUAGGAGGAGAAGUGGGCAGACUCACUGGAGAGUAGCUUCCUAACCACAAGCGUUCAGCAUGAGCAUUCAGCGUGAUAGGGGAAUUAGCAGAUUAUGAUUUACAAGGGAAACAGAAUGAGUUAAUUGGUUAGAGGUCAAGUGUAGGUAGACUAAGAGAGCAUCUACUGUACCUCUACAUUUUCAUUAUUUGACUAUGUGUCUGUCUCCCUCAUAGGGACUUAGAGCAUUUUGAGGGCAAAGAUAGUGCCUGGCUAUUAAAGGAAACCAUUGGAGAAAUGCCCUUUCUUACAUCACCAUGUAAAUCUUUCUUCUCAUGAGAAUAAGUAGAACUUUUAAAAACUGUGAACAGUUGUUUUUAGGCCAUUUACACUCAGGUUUAUUGGUCCUUCCAGAAAAGGCCAUAUAACAUGUAAAUUUCCUUGUUAAAAGCUUGCGUUAGUUUCCUAAGGCUGCCAUAACAAAUUACCACAAACUAGAUGGCUUAAAACAAGAAGAAUGUAUUCUCUCACAGUUACUGAGGUAGAAGUCUCAAAUCAAGGUGUUGUCAGGACCAUGCUCCCUUCAAAGCAUCUCGUUUUCCUUGCCUCUUCCAACUUUGAGUGGCUCCAAGUGUUUCUUCACGUGAGACUGUGUGUUUCCAACCUCAUACAGUCUCUUAGUGUAUGUCUCUAUCUCAAAUGUCCCUCUACCUGUCUGAUAUAAAGAUACCUGUGUGGAAAUAAGGAAAGGCCAACCAUAUGAGAACAAGCAAAGGUGAUUUAUUCAGAGCUUGUUAUAGCAAGGGAGUCAGCCACCAUCACUUUUAUUUUGGCAGAGACUUGAAGGCAGGCAGAGGAGUGGGAAAGCUUUAUAGUGGAAAAAGGGAAGUCUUCAGGUGUACCCUGAUUAGAGGCUAUUGGCGUGGGGAAGCUGUAGGUGGGCUAAUUACAAGCAGGGCAUCCUGUGCAAUUCAUUAAAGAUGAAUAUUUGGCUUCUCUGGUUGGUCGCAAGUUGGAAGUGGAGACAAAAAUUAGGGACACUGUCAGUUAUCAAUCAAGCACUGGACGUUUGGGGCCAAUUGUUACAGGAGUUAUGGUUUGGUUUCCUGAACUGUUAUUAGCAAUAGUGGUCUGAUGUCCUACAAGUCUAAUUUACAGAUAGCAGGAUGGUUUCCUGCACUGAUUACUGUAGAUAACAAGUUGAUUUCCUGGGUUGGUUGCUGCAGGUUGUAGGUCAGAGUUCUAUAUUUGUAUAUGAUCUGGCCACUGUUUUUUGCAUAUUCAGUCUCUCACGUGGCACACCCUAAAUGCAGGAUGAUCUCAUCUGGAGAUUCUUAAUUAUAUCCUCAAAAACCAUGUUUCCAAAUAAGAUCACAUUCACAGAUUCUGGGGUUAUUAUAUGGAUGUAUUUUGGCAGGGGCUGUCAUUCAACCCACUACAAGCUCCUCUUGGUUUAGAAAUCAUACUUACUUGUAUAUAGAGCAAAAAAAGACCUUGCCGUUUGCUUUCCUGAGUGAGAUAAGCAGGUAGGUGAUAAAUAGACUUUGCAGAAGGCCUAUCAUUUCUGUUUGAAACAGUUGCCUAGGCAUCCCUUAAAGCUUGGAUUUGAGCUUUAGACCAAUCUUUGUAUGUCUGCACCCCAAAAUGAGAUAUUUUGGUAGUCCAGUACUAUUGGUACAUUCAGAGAAAUCCCACCUUUGGUAGAAAGCUAGAAGCAAGGUGAGUAAUGCAUGAAUGUUGCCUAUGUUGUCUUUGAUAGGAAGUAAAGGAACAGUACAAAUCCUCUGGCUUCUUUCUGUUUUCAGUAUCCUGAAACUUUAAUCUUGUUGCUUAGUCAGAGAAGAGAAUAAUCCCUAGUCUUAGCAGAUCCUAAGACACUGAUAUAUAGUAGGUAUGAAAUAAAUUUUUAAUGAUUCAAUUAAUUAAAUCCUUUUGGAUGACUCUGAUGAUGUUAUAACUUCUCUGGAAAACAUGUGGUUGAAAAGACUUAUAGUCUUUUUUACCUGAAGUAUGUAUUAUUGAUUCUUACUCAUUUGUGCAGUAUGUCAUAUUUUUCCCAUUAUUAUCUUUAUUUUAUUUGUUGGAAUUGAACCACCCAGAUCUGAUUCCAUCAUGUUAAUGACAAAUAUAGACCAUAAUUCAAAAUUUGCUUGAUUCCAGGAAAUCCUUUUAUCUCAUCUUCUCUCAGGUUAAUUUUUUAGCUUCCUCAGUCGAACAUCAGUUUUAAACUCCCUCUCCCACUUAAAAAGCAAAAACAAUUUCACCUUUAUGUGAGAAGUAUGUACAUAAUUUUUCUUUCCUUGUUUUCUGAUAAAAUAUCUAUUUUAAAGAGGGUAAAAUGAAAGUAUAAACUUAACUACUUUGACCACCUAGCAGGUCCACACACAGCAGCUCUUUCCAUUCAGAAUGAAAAAGGGUACUUAUGUGACACGGGUGAACAUAUACAAUUGCCUCCUCUUAAUUCUUCUAAGCCAAAAGCUCUCAAAAGCCCCAGUGGAGUUUGACAGCCUUGCUUUAUUUUGCUCAUUAGCUGUGAGGGAGGUACCAGAUGAUGAGUUUCCAAAAGCUUGAACCAUGGCCCUUUUAAAACCUCCUCCCAAGGGUCGAAUACAGAAGCUUGCCUCUUGAAUUCAGAUGAGAUAGUGCACAAAUCAGGCUUAUCACAGUGCUUUACUACAUAGAAGUGCCUAAUAAAUGUUAAUUUGGAUCCUAAUUGCUUCAAAUUCCAUCCUUGCUACUUGUUGGAUGUGUGACCCUUGGCAAAUUUUCUAAUUUCUCCAAGUCUUAGUUUGCUAAUUUAUAAAAUAUAGGUAAAAUAAUAUCUAGCUUGUAGGAUUACUUUGAGAGACAAUAAACAUAAUCCAUGUAAAAGCACUUAGAACAGUGCCAGUUAUUUGUAAAUAUUCAACAAAUGUUGACUAUAGUUAUUACAGAAGAAUGGUAGUUUAUUAUAGUAUUUCCAUUGCAUCGUUUUCUAUAAAGCUUUUUUGGAGUUGAAAGUAUCGUUCCUAAAUGAUUGUGUUUUAUAUAUGAGUUUGGACAUUUGCUACCAAAUACUGUAGGUAUUGUAAGAUUGGUGGUUUUUUUUUGAAUCAGAGUCACUUAAUUCAUCUUUCUAGUCCCCACAAUGCCUUGCAUACACAGACAGUCCCCAUCUUAACCAUGGUGUUGACUUAGGACUCUUUGACUUUGCAAUGGUGUGAGAAGAAUACAUAUUCAUUAGAAACCAUACUUCAGUUUUUGAAUUUUGAUCUUUUCCAGGCUAGCAAUGUGCUGUACGAUACUCUCUCAUGAUGCUGGGCAGAGGCAGCAAGCCACAGCUCCCAGUCAACCCUACCAUCACCAGGGUACACAACCAAUACACUGACAACCAUCUGUACCCAUACGACCAUUCUGGUUUUCACUUUCAGUACAGUAUUCAAUAGAUUACAUGAGAUAUUCAACACUUUACUAUAAAAGAGGCUUUGCGUUAGAUGAUUUUGCCCAAUGUGGCCUAAUGUAAGCGUUCUGAUCAUGUUUAAGGUAGGCUAGGCUAAGCUAUGAUGUUCAGUAGUUGAAGUGUAUUUCAUGCAGUUUCAACUUAGGUAUUUUCCGCUUAUGAUAGGUUUAUUAGACAUAACCCCAUCAUGAAUCUAGAAAGAUCUGAAACAUGUACCCACAUUUGUGGUUUGAAUGAAAGAGUAAUUGAUAUUGUCUAGUCUCUAAACUCUUGUUUUCAUUGACUUGUGCAAUUGUAAUGAAUUAUCAGUAGAUGGCAGUAGCUUGUUUUCAUUUUUAUUUUAUGUCCAUUCUACAGCAGAGAUCCAGACAGAGAAGAACCCAAAACUUUCCCAAUUUUAAAGCAGAUAUCCUUUCAUGAAUAGUUGGUUUAAAUAAAUAUCAUCUAAGAGUUCUUCAAUUUAUGUUGCUUCAGAAAUCGAGAUCAAGAGGAGUAAAGAAGGUGAACCAGAAAGGGGAAAAGAGGCACACAAGAAUGUCAGGCAACAUAGAAAGGAAGAGUCAAGGAGUUCCUGAAGAAGCUGUGGCUAAACAGGACACAUCUUCAUUAACUGAUGCUGUAGAGCAAGUGGCAAAGCAACAACAAUCACAAACAUCAGAAAUAGAGAAAAAUAAAAAAGUUUUAUUCCAUUUGCAGAAUGAACUUCAUGAGCUUGAAAAACAAAUAGCAUCUGUCUCUGCAGAAACUAAGGAAACAGAGAGGCAAAUUUAUCAGCAAGAUGCUGCCAUAGAGAAUACCAAACUUCAGUGUGGGAGCCUAGAAACUCAAAUCAAAUCCUUACAUUCAGAAAACGUAAAGCUUAAAUUUGACAUAGAAGCUGCCCAAGAAGAUUUUGAGGAACAAGUGAUAAGAUAUAAUGAAUAUCAUGCAAAAAUAAAAGUGCAUAAAGAUAGUUUGGGGGAAAUAGAAAGCAAAUGGUCAUUUAUGAGUGAACUCCAGGAAAAACGAGAUCUUGUUAAAAAACUAAAGGCAAUGAAAGAGGAACUUGUGCAAGAUCUCCAAAAUCCAGAAGGAAACCAGAUGAAACAAGUACAGGAAGACAUUACAAAGCUAAAGGAUAAAAUUAUAACUGUAAAAGAGUCUAUCAUUGAAGAAACUUGUUUUCUUGAGGAAGAAAAAGAGACACAUGAAAGAUUAAGGAAAGAAAUAGAGGUACAACAUAAGAGAUAUGGUGCAAUUCUUAAGCGUUUGCAUUGUCAGGUGAACAAGCUUCAGUCAAAUAGAAGACAAUGGCAAUGGAACAUUCAACAACUGGAGAAAACUGCAGCUGAACUGAGAAAACGCAUUGGAAUGAAAGAUUAACAUGGCUGUAGGGCAAUAGAGCACAGACUAUACCAACAAAGAUUAUGGGGCAGAAUGUUGGGAAAGUCCUUUGGAUUCUUAACAACCAGCAUUCACUGUCAGAGGUCUGUCUUAAUGAUGGAUAUAUUUUCUCUUUUUUUGAACUAGUUAUCUGUUUGUUAAAGUGCCUUCUAACCCUACAAUUGAUAGCAAUAUAGACAAUAGGAAUGCUUACAGAAGAAUAGUGGAAGAUGCUAUAUGAAUAUUUUGAAUGUAUAAGAUGUAUUGUUCUCAUGAGUACUAUUUAUAAACAUGUUGCCUUCACUAUCAUAUGAAGUAAAAACUUAGAAGAAAAGAAA